AUGGAUAUUUUUGUUACUCGUAAGUCAUCUUCAUUAACUUAUCAUAAAUGGUUAAAAGAUGAACCUAGUAAAUGUAAUGGAAGAUGCUCUAAUAAACAAAGUCAAGUCAUUAAUGUAAAAGGUCAAACAGUUAGAACAUUCGAUAUGCUCGACUGUGAAUUUAAGAAAGGUUCACCGUAUGUUGAAAUAGCAGCUAGAAAAAUUCCAAUGGACAAUAAAAUAAUAUGUAGUCAUCAUAUUUGGUUCGAAUGUUUAAAUGAUUUAUGUAAUGGAUCUGAAACAACAGAUCAAAUUGAAGAGAUGGUUAAUAAGUAUUAUAAAACUUUUUAUCAAGAACUAAAUUAA